GCAAGGCUUGUUGUAUCUAUGUCAUUCUUUUACAUGCGCUGUAUGUCGUUUUACUAUCAUUCUUUAUUAGAAUGUUCGAGCUUUUAUGCAAAAAAGGAUAAUUAUAAUUAUGAUUUUCCUGUAAUCAAUUCUUGCUAGUUUUCAUAAUUUUACAGCAUUUAUACAAAGUCAGUUGAAAAUUAAAUGACCUUAAAUAAUAUUCGAAACUUGAUCUGUCACUUGACAGAUUCGGUUCAUAAAGAUUGAAUAACAUUUACUGGAUUUUUAAAAACCCAAAACGGAGACAGUUUAGAACACAAAGAUUUAUGCUGCGUUUGGAAGAAGUCAUCAUUUGUGUUUUUGAAAAUUGGACUUUUAAUCAAUUUCGGUGCUUCUAUUACCGAAGGCGGCACAUGAUGGAAAAUCCUACAGUUUUUCUUCUGUAUGCCAAGGAUGGAAUUAAGAUUGCUGAUACAGUCAAGGAACGUUUGGAACAAAACGAAACUACGGUACAUGUUGCAGACGUUUUGAAAAUCCAUGACGAGUUCCCUUCCUCUUUAUUGGUACUGUUUUUAACCCCUGAGAUGUUAUCUCUGUUGAAAUCACCAAAUGCACCCGAUCUCAAAAGUGUGCAUCACAAAAGCAACAAAUGUGCUUUAUUUUUCCAUGAUACGAUCAAUUUUGCUGGAGAUCCAGUCCAACAAAUUCUUAAUCAGAAAGUCCCUUCCUAUGAAAAAUGGCAUCGUUUUGGGAUAGAAAAGAAAGUUCGUGCAACUGUUCUACAAAUCUUAAAUCUGAUUGAGACGGUGGAUGUUGCGAUUCCAGACCUUGUGUCCGACUGUAAACUUUAUCCAGAUGAUGUUUGGGAGGACAAGCAGACUGUGUUCAUAUCCUUUAACUCCGAGAGAACACAGGAGGACAAGGUGACGGUUGAUGUAGAUCAAACCUUGUUUGAGGCCACAAGGGUUAAUCCGUACACCUUUAUGUUCACAUACAAGGAUUGUAGAGAUUUUCUUCAGCAUGCAGUGACAGUGCAUGUGAACGAUGCCUAUGUAGGAGCAUGUAAGGUACUCAUCAAGAACAGGGAUCAAAUUCUACUGGAAGAAAUCAAUGACGAGAAUUCGUCACUUCAUUAUUUGCAAGACAUCAUGCAAACAAUCAAAGACACGGAGGUCGAAUUACACACAGUUACCACUGAUUCCAGAAUACUGAAUGGCACUAGGCAACUAUUGAAAAGACUGAACCAGACAGUUUCAAAGGAAAGUUCCGCCAAUGUGAACAAAGGGACUCAAGAUAAACAGACCGAGGAAGAGAGUGCUAAACCAUCACAGCUACAAAGGGCCAUUCGGGACGUCAGAAAUAAAUGGGAAGAUCGUUCAAAAAGAGACGCCAAUGGUCCAUCAAUUUCUAAAUCGCGAACACGAAGUACACGAUUUUCCAAAGCUCUACAAAAACUGAAUAAAGAAGAAGACUUUCCUCACAUAAAGAUGAGUUCAAGUUUAAUCAAAAGAUUGCCUUCGGACUUUUUCGACUUCGCGAAGGGUCUAUUCAAACGUUAAAUAUUUUCUUAUAUGCUAUAAAAGAUUAUUAAAAUAUUUUUACAUAAUUGCUUUACAUGAAGCUUAUAGAAUAUACUUUUUUUAUUUCGGCUGAAUGACAAAAACAUAGCUCUUACUGUAUGUGUUCUUAUAAUAACGAAGCUAUCGUCAUGCUGUGGAAUGUAUAUACUGCAUGCAGGAAACGACGAAAAGUGAGAGUAAUGACCGGGUCCUUUUUUUCCUUAAAAAAUGGCCGUUGUCAUUUUAGGCAUGUUUGGUCCUCUAUCGACCGUAAUGACGAAAUAAGUAUUUUGAUUAUUUUAUCGUAGAAAGAAUAUAUAUAAUUGUUAGAAUAUUUCCUUUUUUUGAUUUUUAAUGAUUAGAAUAGAUUGUUGCGGAAUUGUCCGAAUGAUUUUGAAGAUUUUGUAAAUAAACU